CAGUCUGAGUGGACAGUCAGAUUUUCCAUCUCAAGUGCCUAUCAGUAUCUCGGCAACAUUUGUCGCGCUCUCUGCGGCAGGUAAACUCGAGGCGAGUUGUUUCAGUUACCUGUCACUUCGAACCUGCCGCAUUCCAAGAAUUUUGUUUGCCGCAGCAAUCCGCCGCGUAAACUUGUUACAUAAUAGUGCAAAUCGGUAAUACGUUACGUGAGAUAUGGCAUCGUUGUCAAUGUUAAGCAAAGAUGUGCCUGAUAUCGAGAGUCUGCUGGACAUUAAUCCAAGGUUAAAGAGACACACAAAUUUUGUACCAUCGGCGCGCACCAAACAAAAUAAACAGCAUUGGAAGAGAAACAUCUACGAUAAAUGUGGAAGUUGCGUGUCUUUGACAAAGAAUUUCGAUGACAUCAAGCAUACCACUCUGAGCGAGCGUGGAGCUUUGAAGGAAGCGGCGCGUUGCUUAAAGUGCGUCGACGCUCCUUGCCAAAAGUCCUGCCCGACGCAAUUGGAUAUCAAGUCCUUCAUCACCUCCAUCUCUAAUAAAAAUUACUAUGGCGCAGCCAAAGCGAUUCUCUCUGACAAUCCACUUGGUCUCACCUGCGGCAUGGUUUGCCCGACCAGCGACCUUUGCGUGGGCGGAUGCAAUCUCUACGCGACUGAGGAGGGACCGAUCAACAUCGGCGGUCUUCAACACUUCGCGAUUGAUAUUUUCAAACGGAUGAAUAUUCCACAAAUCAGAAUACCUAAUCAAACGGUACCUCAUGCGAACACGAAGAUCGCCAUGCUCGGUUGCGGGCCAGCCUCUCUCUCCUGUGCGACGUUUCUCGCUCGACUCGGCUACGACGACAUUACUAUCUUCGAGAGAGAAAAGUAUAUUGGCGGAUUAAGCUCCUCUGAAAUACCGCAGUACAGACUUCCGUACGACGUCGUCAAUUUUGAGGCUGAUCUCGUCAGGGACUUAGAUGUGAAGAUCGAGUUAGGGAGAUCAUUGUGCGAGGACGAUCUUACGAUACAGGGACUGCAAAAUGCUGGAUACAAAGCGAUCUUCCUAGGAAUCGGCUUACCCGAGCCGAAUAGUAUACCGAUCUUUGAGAAUCUUACGCCGGAGAUGGGUUUCUUCACUUCGAAGAAUUUUCUGCCUGCUGUUGCAAAAAGCAGCAAACCGGGGAUGUGUGCUUGCAAGAGUUAUCAGGAACUACCAUCUCUUCGUGGCAACGUGAUCGUUCUCGGUGCAGGAGAUACCGCUUUUGAUUGCGCCACUUCCGCGCUCAGAUGUGGAGCCAGGAAGGUGUUCGUAGUUUUCCGGAAAGGUUUCACCAAUAUCCGAGCAGUUCCAGAAGAGGUUGAUCUAGCGAAAGACGAGAAAUGCGAAUUCAUAUCUUUUCAAUCGCCGAAACGGGUCAUCCUUCGCAACAAGAAGAUCGUCGGAAUUGAAUUUUGUCGGACCGAGCAGGACGAGAAUGGCGAAUGGAUAGAGGACGAAGAACAAAUGUUCAAAUUGAAAGCGAACUUUGUGAUUUCGGCUUUCGGUUCAGGAUUGUACGAUACCUCUGUCAAGCAUGCCAUGGCGCCCGUCAAGAUGAACAAGUGGAACUUGCCGGAAGUGGACGAGACCACAAUGACGACGUCCGUGCCAGGUGUGUUCUGCGGAGGAGACCUUGCCGGCGUCUCUGAGACGACCGUGGAAUCCGUGAAUGACGGGAAGACAGCUGCAUGGUAUAUUCACAAGUACAUACAGGAAUCCCACGGUUUAACGGUACCAGAAACCCCGCAAUUACCCAAAUUCCAUACUGCCAUUGACGAGGUCGACUUGAGCGUCGAAAUGUGCGGCAUGAAAUUCGAGAAUCCUUUCGGUUUAGCCUCUGCACCACCUUGCACAAGCAGUGCGAUGAUUCGACGCGCUUUCGAGGCCGGUUGGGCUUUCGCAGUCACGAAGACAUUCUCCCUGGACAAAGAUCAUGUCACCAAUGUGUCGCCGCGCAUCAUCAAAGGCACGACGUCUGGUCAUCAUUAUGGACCCGCACAGGGUAGUUUCUUAAACAUCGAGCUGAUAUCUGAGAAAACCUCUGAUUAUUGGUGCAGAAGUAUUACGGAAUUGAAACGGGACUUCCCCACAAAAAUCGUUAUCGCAAGUAUCAUGUGUACGUACAACAGAGCGGAUUGGAUCGAACUGGCGAAGAAAGCUGAAGCAGCCGAUUCUGAUGCUUUGGAAUUGAAUCUAUCCUGUCCUCAUGGUAUGGGAGAGUCCGGAAUGGGUCUGGCUUGUGGACAGGAUCCCGAACUGGUUAGAAACAUCGCCAGAUGGGUUCGCGAAGCCGUGAAAAUACCGUUCUUCGUGAAAUUAACACCCAAUAUCACCGACAUAGUUUCGAUUGCCAAAGCAGCUUACGAGGGCAAAGCUGACGGCGUCUCCGCGAUUAAUACCGUGCAAGGAUUAAUGGGGUUGCGUUCUGACGCAACGCCGUGGCCGGCGGUUGACUCCAAAUUCACCACGUAUGGUGGAGUAUCGGGGAAUGCUACCAGACCCCAAGCUCUGAGAGCUGUCUCGAUGAUCUCGCAGAAGAUUCCUGGAUUUCCAAUACUCGGUAUCGGCGGCAUCGAUUCAGCUGACACCGUCCUGCAGUUCUUACAUUGUGGUGCAACGGUCGUCCAGAUCGGCAGCGCUAUUCAGAAUCAAGACUUCACUUUAAUAGACGAUUAUGUGACCGGCUUGAAAACGUUAUUAUACCUGAAAAGUCUAGCGCACGUAAAGGAUUGGGAUGGUCAGAGUCCACCGACGUUUAAACAUCAGAAAGGCAAGCCUGUCUCCUUGCAACAUGCUCUUGGCAAAAAUGUGCCAUAUUUCGGCGAAUAUCAAAAGCUGCGCGAGAAGAAGAUAGCCGAGCUGAAAGCAAGCUCAAAUCCUUUGGACGGAGUCGUGGAAGUAACGCGACCGGCUCCAGCACCGACUGCAUCGAUACCUAGUGUUAAGGAAGUAAUCGGCAAAGCGUUAACCAAUAUCGGCAGUUACAAAGAAUUGGACAACAAGAAGCAAGUCGUCGCCUUGAUCGAUGAUGAUAUGUGCAUUAAUUGCGGGAAGUGCUACAUGGCCUGCGCGGAUUCUGGAUACCAAGCGAUCACCUUCGACUCUGACACUCACAUCCCUAAAGUGACGGACGAUUGUACGGGCUGCACACUUUGUUUAUCCGUAUGCCCGAUUAUCGACUGCAUCACCAUGGUUCCUAAAACGAUACCACACUACAUUAAAAGAGGCGUGCCGCUGAAAAAUACGAUCGAGUUAUACUAGACUAUUACUUUCAAGUGACUUCAAGAGACAUCGGAUGAUUUAUUUUAAAAUCCGUGAUAUAUCUUUUUGCGAACAUUUAGGGAACGGUCGAAAAUUAAAUGAAAUAUAUUGAUAACAGGUAAACGAAAGAGUGAUAAAUAAAACAAAGAACACUGAGAAAAGAAUUUAUUAAUUUCAAGAAACGUUUUUUUGAAUACAACUGUGAAUAUAUUUGUUUAAAUUAAAUAAUUAUCUUCUAAAAUUAAAGAA